CGUGGGCACGGAACCGUGUGCACGGAAACAUGCCGGCACGGAAACGUGCCGGCACGGAACUGAGCUGGCACGGAAUCGUGGGCACGGAAACGUGGGCACGGAAUCGUGGGCACGGAAAGAUACCCCACCGAAUACAAAAACUGCAUCCCUUUGGUCGUCACAGGAUGAAUCACCAUCUGAUCAGCUUGCAGAGAUUUCGAAAAGAGAAUCACAGAAGAGCCGCAAAUCAGUCUCAAAGAGAGAACUACUGCCAUCGAAAAUCCCGAAAUCACCGGAAAAAGAAGUUGGGCCGUCAAAAAAUGGACGACCACGUUCUGAUUCUCUGCCAGAAACUACGAAAACAGCAAAAAUAAAGGACAAUGAGGAAGUAAAAAUUGGGUCUAUUGAUAAACAAAGUCGUGUUAGGCAUUCGGUCGAAGAGAACAAACGUGAAAAACAGAGGGUAUUCAAGCUUCUGGAGGCUAAAAUAAACGCCGUUCUGAAGGAAGAGAAGAGCAAGGAUGAGAAGAAAGAAAAGGAUAAGAAGUCGGGUGUUACAAAAGGAAAGGAGCUGAAAAAGGAUGCAGAAACCUCUAAAGAGGCGGAGAACAAAGACAAAGAUCAAAAGAAGGAACAGAAGAUUGAGAAGGAUGAAAAGCAAGACAGCGAUUCAAGCUCUGAAAGCAUACGAAGAUCUCGAAACGAGAGAAGCGAGACUGAAAAAAUAAGUAUUAUGCAGCCAAUUAUUUUGGACUCUGAGAUCGAAAGUGGUAUGACUAUCAGUAUGAAAAGUGAAGUAUCUGAAUCAACAACCGAAGCUAAUAUGACCAAUUAAGAGAAUAAAUGAUUUGUAAAAAGAUGUCAAAUAAUAAAGAGGAAUUUGUCUAGAUAUUUUGUGUGUAUGUAAAUAUGUAUAAAUAAACUUUGUAAUAAAUAGUAAAUCUUAAUUAUUUUUUAAAUUUUGUAUUUAUUGUUAAAAAUAUUGUCAAGUAUUUGAAAGUGUAAAAUUUAAACUAUUGUAGUAAUACAUAAAUUUAUAACGAUUAGCGGGAAAAUGUCAGCUGACUACGAGACGCCUGUAAAACGCUGGAAGCUCUUGGAUUCGUAUGUUUUGAAAUGUGGUUUAUUUAAUAUAUUUUUUAGUUUGGCUACAUCAAAGCGCAACCCUUGGGAAGAUGAAAAACAAUUGCUUGAGUCAGGAUUGCAUUCACAGUUUGUUGACGGAAUUUCUCAGUGUAGAGAAUUAUGUGAACAAAAGCUGGAAAGGAUUGCAGACAUUAGAAAUAGAGAGGUUGCUCGUGCUGAAAAUACAUAUAAACAUGAAUUUGAUUUACUUGAAAAGGAAUAUGAAAAUGUUUGUUUUAUUAUUUUAGCUUUUUUAGAUUUAAUUUUUUAG